AUGGAGAAGGAGUUCAAUGCUCAAUUGCCACAUAAGCUUGUAUGCACAGUCUGUAAAGGUGUAUAAUAUUCAGCUCUAUUUAGACAAGAUGGAAAUGAUGCACACGAUGCAGAUGUACUUUCAUCUCGGUUACCACGAAAUUAUUCUGUUGAGCAAUUGGCACACAACCAAUUCUACCCAGCUUACAGGUGCAGUAAUUGGAAUUAUUAUAUUAGGCUGUGCGUAUGAAGCAUUAAAAGGAAUUCGCGACGAUCUUUUCAUUAAAGCUGCACAAGCCCGAAAACUUCGACAAGGUAAAUUAUCAAAAUGCUCAAGUAUAUGCUCCAGCGUUCAUCUCGCUCAAACGGUUCUUCACGGCCUUCAAUUGCUAAUAGGAUAUAUCCUCAUGUUGAUUUUUAUGACAUACAAUGUUUACCUCUGCAUGGCUGUGGUAGUUGGUGGUACAUUUGGCUAUUGGCUGUUUUCUGCUGACAAGUCCAACAGUGAUAAUAUUGAAUGUUGCUUCUAAAACCUACAAGAAAGUUGUAAUUCUAUUUUUAACACCCUCCUUCAUAAAAGUUAAAAAUAACACGAGUAUUAAAAAUUCAUCUUCAAGGUGUUAAGAGGUUCAAGAUAGCACACUUGCCUGUCAUUUGUACGGAACUGCAGAUAGAGAUUUACUAACAGAAAUAUUUAUUCUACAUCACCAGAAACGAUCGAUUGCUGGCAAAUACUAUACCGAGGUCUUAUUGUUUUCGAAAUAAUGUCACAUGCUCGUUUCGAUUGUUCUGUGGCUGUUCGAGACUGAAGUCGACGAGGGAUCAACAGUUAUCGCGCACCCCUUUCGUUUCACCGCUAUUCAUCCACGUUUUUCUUGAAAUACACCCUCUCAACUUCAGCACAUCUACCUGUCGUGGGCGGCUUUUGUGCAUUAAAUCUUUUCAACCCGAUAGUCUAUAGAGAUUGCAGUUCAACAGUUCGUGAUCGUUCGCUCCUUUAUUCUUAUUUUUUCUUUCCGUUACGAUUUCUUCCCUUUCUUCCCUAUAUUCUGAUAUAGAUUUUGAACAAAUUAAACAUGAUAAUUUUCAGAUCGAUUGCUCGAUCCCCGCUUACCUGAUCUCGGAAACUUGCAUAGUUUUUUGCUUUCCCAAGAUCAAUUUCCGUAUAUUAACGAAUAAGAAAUGAAGAAUAGCAUCUUAGCUUUCUUCUAGUAUAGGUUUUAUAAGCUUUCUGUAAGUUAUUAGUUAAUUAUUCACAAUUUUUAGAGUAAGCGAUCCUGCAGAAUCGAGCCGCCACCACUUUAAUCGCUCAUAAUUAAUUCAUUACUGGCUGGAUCCUUAAAAAACCUGUAUGUGAAAGUUGCUGCGAGUAUGUAGAUUAAGAAUCGAUCAUAAAAGUUUAUAAAUUGUUCGUCUAAAA